AUCGUCAUCUCCAAGCGCCUCCUCGUUUCGGGACUCGAUCUUAAAAGAAACCCUAGAAAACCCCGAGAAAGCAAAAACACCGAACCAUGCCGCCGAAGUUGGAUCCGAGUCAGAUCGUCGACGUAUACGUCCGCGUAACAGGAGGAGAAGUCGGAGCAGCGAGUUCUCUAGCUCCCAAAAUCGGUCCAUUAGGUCUCGCACCAAAGAAGAUCGGAGAAGACAUCGCCAAAGAAACCGCCAAAGAAUGGAAAGGACUACGUGUAACCGUCAAGCUGACGGUGCAGAACCGUCAAGCUAAGGUCACAGUUGUUCCAUCGGCGGCUGCACUCGUCAUCAAGGCGUUGAAAGAGCCGGAGAGAGAUCGGAAGAAGGUGAAGAACAUUAAGCAUAACGGGAACAUAUCGUUUGAAGAUGUGAUUGAGAUUGCAAGGAUCAUGAGGCCUAGAUCUAUUGCUAAAGAGUUGAGUGGUACAGUGAGAGAGAUCUUGGGGACUUGUGUGUCAGUUGGGUGUACUGUGGAUGGUAAAGAUCCAAAGGAUAUUCAACAGGGGAUUCAAGAAGGUGAAGUUGAAGUUCCUGAGAAUUGAAGAGGAGGGUAAUGGUUCGUUUGUUUCUUUUACUUCUUCUUCUAUUUGAGCUUUUAGUUUCUUCUUCUUCUUCUUCUUCUUCUACUUAUGUUUUGUGUUUUCUAGAGAACAACAACAACGACUCUCAACUCAGUUUUGGAUUGUUAUUGCAACUUUUAUUUAUUUAUCCAGUCCCAAUCUUUAUGCUA